AUGACAUUUCAGCUAAGGUCAUAUAGUGUCUAUCGGACCGUAAUAGGUCUGUCAUUGCAAGUUCCAUUCACAUUUAAAUAUUUAUCUUUAUCCAUUUGUCUCAAUCUCAAAGUGCCCUUGUAUUUGGCAACUACGGGCACAACUUUAUCUGCAGCUGGAGACUCAGCUUGUGCGGCAAAUUUUGCAUUAAGUGAACAUGAGAAGAAAUGUGAUAAACAAGUCCCUUCCAGAACUCCCUUUUGUGUCGAUGGGGCAGAUUGGACGCCGAUGGUCAGUGAAAAUGUCGACUACGUCUCCAAAGCACCAAUUGUCUCGAGGCCUAAACUGCCCGUCCACUUGAUCGAGGACGGUGGUUUCGAGUUGAUGGACAAAACUUUCGGGCCAUUGAGCCCAACUGACCCAAGCUCGAGAUUUCUGAGAACCUGGCGACAAGAAGCAAGUACUCCUACUUUUGAUGGUCUGCAUCAACACUCCAACCGGCCGAGAAAAACGUACGCAGACAUGAUUCCAUCAACAAUAACCUCGAAUGACUCCGAAGAGAUGUGUGCUCGGGGACAUAAACGUGCUGAGAUUUCGUCGAAUAUGGCUGAGGAACCGGUUGUCGUGGAGUCAAAAGACGACAGUUCAUGUGAGCAGGAAGUCUGGCAGCAUCCGUGCUUAGACGACAAGGAGCUCAGAGACUUUAUGUCAAACCCAAUGGCUCAGGGCACAUGGACCCAUGACAUGAUGCUGGAUGUUGACCUACCUAACAAGAGAAGAGAAGGUAGAUGA